AUGGUUUCGGCGGUGUGUGGUAAAGUAUUUCCUCUGUUUCAAUAUCAGCUCAAGCAUAUUUCUGACCCUCGGAAAUUCUCUCUACUGUCAUCAUCGUCAAAAAUGAAUACAGAAUUAUGGCUUUGCGGUAAAUCCGUGGCGGAGACUGAAUUAGCUCAAUCGCUGAAAACCAGCAACUGUCUGAAGCUUCCCGACGACGAAGCCGGUGGCAACAGUCCCGCUCUCUCGGUGCGACUGCAUUCGGAGACGGAAACGCCGCCGUGCGAGUUUCGGGUUAACGACUAUAUGAAUGCUCUUUCCACUUCAUGCUUCGGAAGAUUCUUAAUUUGCUCUCCCAGAUUAGGUUCCACUCACGACGUCGUAUCCCUCAAUUUUAGUGACUUGCCAGUUGGGGCAGCUUGUGUUGCAGAUGUACAGACGAAAGGCAGAGGUAGGUCAAAAAAUGUGUGGGAAUCUCCGAAAGGAUGCCUAAUGUUUUCCUUCACAAUACAAAUGGAAGAUGGCAGAGUUGUCCCACUUCUACAAUAUGUGAUUAGCCUAGCUGUAACAGAAGCGAUAAAGGAUCUUUGUCAACAAAAUGGCACAGCACAACUUGAUGUUAAAAUAAAGUGGCCAAAUGAUUUGUACUUGGACGGCCUUAAAAUAGGUGGGGUUUUGUGCACUUCAACAUACAAGUCAAAGAAAUUUAAUGUUAGUACUGGAAUAGGCUUGAAUGUUGGUAAUGAGAAACCAACCAUCUGCUUGAAUGCAGCUUUGCGAAAGCUGACUCCUGUGGCUUGUGAACUACAGCGAGAAGAUGUGAUGGCAGCUUUCUUUAAUAAAUUUGAGUAUCUGUAUGAUAUCUUCACUCAACAAGGAUUCCAAUCUCUUGAGGAUUUGUACUAUAAGUCAUGGUUACACAGUGGACAAAAAGUCAUUGUGCAAGAGAGAAUUGAUAAUCAAGACAAAGUUAUGGAAGAGUUGGUCACUAUUCAGGGUUUAUCAGUGUCUGGUUAUUUGUUAGCUACCUCAGAAGACGGUCGAACAUUUGAACUUCAUCCAGAUGGAAACAGGACCCCCAAUAAUCAACAGAGAAGGGAAAAUAAUCAGUUCAGAUUGGCAAAUUUAAGUGAAUUCACAAUAAUCAGUGGUAGGCUAGGCCCGUUCUCAUUUAACUACACAACACUAAUACCAAUACUUGCCCUCUUCUUCCUCGAUACCCCAAAACCCAUCAACGGUGGCUCUGGUUGCGCACACCCGGCGUCUGUUUUGUCCGGCCAUCUCCGGACCAGUCUUCUAGGUAUGGACACUCCAAAGCAAUCUGCUGAACCGGUGACUUUAUCUUCAAGCGAUUCUUCUGACGAUGAUGAUUUUAAACCACAGACAAAACGGUUGAAAUGCACUGAUGCGGCUGGAGAGAUUUUCAAACCAGAUUUCAAAUAUACUUCUGGAGAAGAUGUAUUGCUCAGAAAGGCUCGAAUGUACCAAGAAUACAUGAAAGUAAUCCCUGUUCCCACCAAGCGUGGUUCCGUAAUUCCCUUCACCUCAUGGAUCGGUUUAGGCUCAUCGAUCAAGCAACUGUACAAACAACCCCUCCACUACCUCACCAACAUUCACUUGAGAGAAUUAGACCAUUUGAGAAUCAGCCCACCAGGAGGCGAAGAAGAUAAUCGCCCGUUGGAUUCUGUUGUCUCUCCUGUAAAAGCCGAGGCCAGCAUCUGGCUUAUGGAAGAGGUUCAUCGGCUAUCUUCAUCACCUCAUCAUCUGGCUAAACUGUGGAGCAGUGAUAGGAUGUAUCAUGUUUAUAUUGAUCCAAUUUUUGCUGGGGAAAAGGGUUUGUCAUCCAGUAGAUUGGUUGUGCAGUAA